UUUUUUUAACAAUUUAGACACUGUAUACAAUACUCACCAUUUUAGGCCAAAUGACAUAUGGAAUAUGGAUAAGACUGGUGUGACCACAGUACACACCUCAGAACAAAUAAUUGCGAGGAGUGCACCAGAUCGGAGCAAUGACAUCUGGAGAAAGGGGUACGCUUGUGACUGUGGCAGUGGCCAUUAAUGCCCUGGGGAAUUCGGUGCCUCCGGUUUUUGUUUUUCCCCGUAAACGAUUUCACUCUCACUUCAUCCAUGAAGGGCUGCCUGCAUAAGCCGGAGCAGCAAAUGGGUCUGGUUGGAUGCAAGCAGAGGAAUUUUUGCAGUUCCUUCACCACUUUGCCAACCAUACAAAACCCUCGCUAGAAAUGAAGAUACUUCUCUUGCUGGACAAUCACGUGUCCCACCUGUCUGUGCCAGCCAUGGAUUUCUGUAGAGAAAGAGGCAUCGUUUUACUUACAUUCCCGCCACAUUGCACUCAUAAGCUCUGUCCCCUGGACAGAACUGUUUUUCGAUCUUUCAAAGGGAGAGUCAACACGCACCUGGACACCUGGAUGAAAGCUCACCCUGGCAAGAACGCCACAAUAUACGACCUCCCUGGGAUUGUUGCAAAAGUGUUGCCACAGGCAACAACACCUGAGAACAUCAUGUCGGGAUUCAGUUGCACUGGUAUCUGGCCCUACAGCCCUGAUGUGUUUGGAGAAAAUGACUUCGCUCCUGCAUAUGCAACCGACCGACCAGAGCCAACUACCUUGACAUCCUCUGCAGAUUCCUCCACACUCCACCAGGGCUCCUCCUCUCUUCACCAGGGCUCCACCACUCUCCACCAGGGCUCCACCACACUCCACCAGGGCUCCUCCUCUCUUCACCAGGGCUCCACCACACUCCACCAGGGCUCCUCCUCUCUUCACCAGGGCUCCACCAAACUCCACCAGGGCUCCUCCUCUCUUCACCAGGGCUCCACCACACUCCACCAGGGCUCCUCCUCUCUUCACCAGGGCUCCACCACACUCCACCAGGGCUCCACCACACUCCACCAGGGCUCCUCCUCUCUUCACCAGGGCUCCACCACACUACACCAGGGCUCCUCCUCUCUUCACCAGGGCUCCACCACACUCCACUAG